AUGGCCGACUCCGAUGAUCGUGUCGGCUUCCGCUUCCGCCCCACAGACCAAGAACUCAUCACUCUCUUUCUCUACAAGAUGGUUGUAGAGAAAAAGGCUCUAAUGGCAACGUACGACGCCAUUAUCCGGAAGUUCAACAUUUUCGGCACCGAGUUCGAACCCUCCGAGAUUUGGAACGGCUUUGGAGGAGAGCAACUCCAUCCCCAUGAUCAAGAAUUGUAUUUCUUCUCCGAACUCAACACGUUAUCCUCCAAGGCGGGUUCCCGAAAAAUCAACCGCAAGGUUGGGCUCGGAGGAGGGACUUGGAGUGGCGAACGUUGUGAUGCUGUUUAUGAUGAAGAGGGGAAUGAAAUCGGACAUAAACGAAAAUUCCGCUACGAGAAUGAAGGGUCCGAGGAACACAGUGGGUGGUUUUUAGAGGAAUAUAGUCUUUCUGAUGAGGGUUGCGCUUUCGAUUAUGUGAUUUGUCGGCUGAGAAAGAAUGAGAGGUUGUUCGGAAACAAGAGAAAGUGUUCCUCAUCAUUAUCAGAACAUCAAUAUCCAAAGAAGAAGAUGCUCACCAAGCCCAAGCCCAGUCUUACAACAAAAGGCAAAAAAGUGAAAAAAGAUGAGCAAGAAAUGGGAUCACAAGAAAAUAUGAAUCUGGAACCACAAAAAUACCGCUCUCCUACUACUCUCGUGGUCUCUGAUGAUGAGAAAGGUAAUAACCAGUUGACUCAUAAUAAUCAUGAUGAUCAGUUCAUAAACAGUAAUUACUUCCCUGAUGAUAAUACCAUGAUGAUCAAUGAUAUUAUUACUUUUGAUGAUAUUAACACUCUUGAUGAUACUAAGAUGAUUUUCAGUGACAUGGAAUGGCCACUGCCAGAUCUGCCACAGAUUGCUGAUCAAAAUCAUGUGCCCUUGCCAGCUUCUCCGGUCGGUGCCGACUCUGUUGAUGGUGUAAUAGAAGCUUGUGAGCCAAGUAAUUUGGUGAAUGAUAAUCACAUGGGCAACAAUAAUUCUGAUGAACAUCAGGAUCAGUUGCUAAACAACACUGAUUACUGUCCUCAUGACACUCUGAUAUUCUUGGGUGAUAGUGAUGAAGAAGGGUACUUGAUCAAUUCUCCGACCAUUGACGACUACAUGGACGAAUUAUUUCCAGACCUAGCCGGGGAAUGGCCAUUGCCACAAACGCCACAGAUUGCUGCUACAGAUGAAAGCCAAGUGCCAUUUCCAACUUCUGAGGUCGGUGCUGAAUCAACCAAUGGAGGAGAAAUGGAAGCUUAUUGUAAUCCAAGUCAUUUCCAGAAUCUGGGCAAUUACCAACCUUUAGAAGAAGACAUCAACCGCUUCUCCAACAAUUCGUUUGUGGAUGAGUUAAUGGGCCAUUGA